AUGUACAGUGUGGAGGACCUGCUGAUCUCUCAUGGAUACAAACUGCCCAGAAGUGGCCCUGCCACCUCCUCUUCCUCUGCGCCUUAUGACAAUCGAAACAACGAAUGUCGCCGUGACAACGUAGAGAACCGGCCUCCUGGUGGUGGUGGAGGUGCUCUGAAUGGAUUUGGGACAAUGGAGGGGGGAGCGGACGGAAGAACGGAAGCAGGCACAGGGGUGUACAGACCGGCACCGGUGAAGGCCUACCCCGAAAACAACAACAACAUUAACGAGGGCCAUGACAGAAUUCAGAGGAGGUUGGAGGUUCCUGUUGCGUUCCUUGGUGACCUGCAGCCUCUGGGAGACUCUCUUGCUACAGACAGUGGGUUCUAUGAUGCUCCCAGCCUGACGUUCUCUGAGCAUGCAGAUGAGCGAGAUCUUUCAUUCUGGAGAAGGAGGGGACAGGACUUUAGUGCUUUAUUAGACUAUGCUGAUCCCAGGGAGCUCAGAUUGUCUGGAGGAUUGUGGCGAGGCCCAGUGCUAGCUGUUGAGGAGCUGAGGGCAGAGAGGCCACUGGCACGGUGGGAGGAAGCACCAUGGAUACGGGAACCAAUAGACUCAGGCCCAGAGACUCUACGUGUGAUAGGGGAGAGGAAAUGCCAGAGCCUGGGCACAGAGGAGUGGCGCCCUGCAGUGGGCUUGGGCCGGCAGCUGUCAGAUGGAGAGGCUGAACAUUGGUCUCAGGAGCAGCAACACCGUCUGCGGCCAGCAGAGGGCAACAUUUCUGCCACAGUACGCGCCAAGUCCCAGUCACUCCCUCGAGUCCUUUCCCCUGAGGAUCCACACUAUGGAAAACUGCCUCAAAGUGGUGCCCCAAGUCAGCCACCCUCGCUAAGAAGCAACAGCUCAGCUCCAUAUGGUCGAUACCACAGUGAUUGGCCAGCAGGGGAGCGAUGGAGUGGUCAGACACAUAGUCACGGUCCUGUUGCAAUUGUACCAAAGCCAAGGUUCAGCCGCCCCAUCAAACCUCCGUCUUAUGAGACUCACCAGCAAAACAGGGGGAGCUGGGAAACUCUGUCCUCUGAACCAGUGUCGAAACCCAGAGACCGCUCAGUGUGCUUCUCUCAGAAUUUUGAACCAGUCAGAGACAGGUCUGGCUAUCUGUUUUACCAUGAACUGACUGGCAUGGAGCCCCCUGGUUACAUCCCACCCCCCUCCUACAGGAGAUUCCUGCCACCCAGGAGUGGGCAGAACUACCGUGCAGACUCUGCACUUGUACGAUGGAAGCGUGAGCCUGUAAGUGCAGAGAUGGGUCAGUGGUUUUCCAGGACUUCAGGAUUGUCAUGGUCAGAACGGCGUGAGGACAGAAACAUGGCCGUAGUUCCGAGAAGGCCUGUGCAUCCAGGGCCUAUCCUACCAAGCCGUCCAGCACUCCUGCAGUAUGUCCCAUUUGAUGACCCACGUGUCAGGCACGUCUCAGGGGGGCCCUGUGGAAACUCACUCACAGACGCAGACAAGAUUCGACACGUAAACAAAGAGCUUCCCUGCGCUGCAACUUUAGGACAAUCCACACAUGAUAGUGCCUUCCUCUCUUCACAGGGACAGAGUCUUAGCACGGACACUAACAAACCUGCUCUCACUGAACAGGAGAACACUAACCACUGGCAGAAGGGGAUGAGCAAAGGCAGUGACACUGUAGCACCUGAUCAGAGCUGUGCCAAGUACCCCACAGCCUUUCAGACCAGACCCCUACAACCAAUCAUUAAAACAGACCAGCAGACUAGAGUAGACAGAAUCCCUGACCAAGUCAAAGUUGAGAGAUUAACAGAGCAGGUGAAAGUGGAGAGAGGUACUGAACAGAUAAGAACAGACCAAGUCAAAGUAACAGAACAAGUCAAACCAGAUCGAGUUACAGAACCAAUCAAAUUGGACAAGCCUACUGAUCAAGUAAAGCCAGACAGGUUUACAGACAAACAAAUAAAGGUGGAAAGAUUAACUGAUCAGAUACAAGUGGACAGAAUCCCAGAUCAAAUCAAGGCUGAUAGAUAUAAUGACAAACAAAUUAAGCUUGAAAUCAAGGCAGAGAAAAUAGCUGAAAAGCCCAUAAAAGCAGACAGAAUUUCAGACAAGCAAAGUAAAGCUGAAAGACUUAUAGAAAAGCACUUAAAGAUUGAUAGAAUUCUAGAAAAGCAGCUCAAAGCUGAUAAAAUGUUAGAAAAACAGAGUAAAUCUGAGAAAUUUACUGACAAGUUCAGUAAGGCUGACAAGCAGACAAAAGCUGACAGCAGCACAGACCAAAUGAAAGCCGAGAAGAUCACUGACAAGUCUGGAAAAGCUGACAAAUCCAUUGAUAAAGGUUCCUCAGAGAGUGUUUCAACUGUAAAGACAGAACCAGUGCAGGAACCUGAGAAAAAGAGUGUGAAAAAGAAACUCAGUGAAACUAUCUUCUGCCUUGUGUCUGUGCCACUUUCACAGUCCAGUGCAAAAUCUAGAGAUCAAAAUAACAAUGAAGAAAAAGAACCAGACUCUCCCCCAAUUCCGCCUCCACCACCACCAAGCUCCUCUAGCGAGAACAGCAACACACUUAGCUCUCUGCCAAACCAAAGCCUCAAAAGCACAUCCACCACCUCCACUGAUUUGGAGCUACAAGCACUCACGCUUGGCAGUGGGUCUAGUAGCAUUGCCACAAGGAGAGCUCAUCGAAGAAGGAGCUCACGCUCCAGAAUCAUUAAGCCGAAUCCACACGAUGAGCUCCGACGAUAUUCUGGAGCUUGGCCAGGAGACCAGUACCGUGAUCAGGAGACCCAAACAAGCCCUGAGCCCACAAAGAGCAAUGCAAUUCAAGGUCCUGCCAACACAGAAGCACAAGAUGCUCCUGCUGCCCCAGAGGUAGCAGCUCCUUCUGAGAGUACAACAGUGGCUCCAGCAGCUGCUCCAGGGGACCUUGGGGCUGCAACAGUUCCAUCGGCUCCAUCUGCCCCAUCAGCUGCAUCAGUUCCUCCAACUCCAGCAGCUCCAGCGGCUCCAGGAGCUCCUGACCCCAGCACCCCUUACGGGUAUCCCAUGAAGGGCCAGAAAAGCCUAAAACUAUCCAGCAACAGCGCUUUUUCACGGACAGGUACCUUCUCCAAGAGCACAGGUUCUCACAGGCCUCCGUUACAUCCCCCACCACACCCUCCACCCCCACCUCCAACCCAGCCUCCAUCUCAACCUCCACCACCCCCACCAACACAGCCCCAACCUCAGUCCCCACCCUCAGAUAUGACCGAAGAAGCAAACUUAGCCACAGGCCCAAACCCAGAGGCCUUUGGUCAGGUCUUGCUGAAGCCGGUGAGCCGACGACCUUGGGAUGCCAUUGAAGAACUUGAGACCAUCAAUAAGGAGGUGCAAGACCAAGCAGGUAAACGUCCUAGUGUGGACCAGUGCAUUGAGGAUCUUAAUGAGGCUUACAAAGAUAUCAUGGAGCUCAGCACUGCCAGCAAUAACCUCCCUAACCUUCCCAACCGUUCCUCCAUACAAAUCCCUGACCGUAUCAAAUCAAGGCUAUCUUCAGAUCCACUUGUAAUUCCUGCAUCCGCUCUUCGGCCCAGCUUGGUGCCUGGAAGUGAUCCAGAAUACCGGGAGGUGAAGAGUGCCUUUUCCCGACCAUCAACUGGGAAGAGUGUGAGCUUCAGCAAACAGCUGAGAGAGGAGAUUUGUCCUGCUCCUCCCCCUCCAGAAGCAGGUUUCAGAGACUACAAAACAGUCAUGUCCCAGAUAACACAACGUAAAGCUUGCAGAUCAGUUAAACUGGAUGUCCCACCCCCCAAAGAGACCCAAAGAGAUGAAAAUUUGACUGCACAAACCUCCUCCACCUCUUCAAUGUCAGCUGAGGUCCCAUGGGCAGACAGACAGCCCAUGCAAGAUGCCUCCACACUAACCAGCCCCCCAGAUUAUGAGCACAUCUGUCAAACUCUCCAAAUGGCCCGUGAAUCUGGGGCUGUCAGUCGAGCUUCUAUCAAAUCCAAACCAGGAAGUGCCAUGAGCGUCGAAACACCUCAGCAUGUGCCCGUAACUGGUAGACCUCCUAUAGAUUCAGAGCAGCCAUGUUGUUCAUCAGCAUUAGAGGUGAGACAGGACCCAAUCUCCUUAUUCAGGGAGGAAAGAAGCUCAGGCUUUAGAAGGGUAACCAGCCACACAAACAGAUUUCUUAGUAAUAGGGGUGUGCUUUGUAGCCUUGCAACUGGCAAGCCUGGUGGAGACAAAGAAGGUUUAGAGGCUAACCCUGAGGUACCUGCUGACUGGCAGAUGCAGCUAUCAUUAGCUGAGAAGCAUAUUGCUACUCUGAUUACAGGAGAGGGUUCAGCAGACAACCAUGAGUCAAUAAAAGUUAUGGCUGAUACAGGUAUUCCUGGCAGCGGGUCAGUUGAGAAUGAAACAAACAAAAUUGUAGGCACUAAUGAUGAUCCGGCCACUGCUGAGCAGAAACACUCAGCAGCAACAGAUAAAGAAACAGGGCAAACAGAGGCACCUGAAAGCCAGCAACCUAAAGAGAGAGAGGAAGUAAGAGAAGAAGACACUUCUAAGGAAGAGACACAAACAGAGAAAGAGAAAUGUGAGCAUGAAGACCUAGUGACUGAAGAAACAGAGCAAGAGAGUAAUAAAACCACAGGGACAAAAAUAGAACCAAAUGUGAUUUUGAGGGCAAAUAAGGCUGCGAUUUGGACUCAUUCAGGUUUAGAUCCAGAGCUACGACCAGAAUUUCCACCAGAGCACCUUCCUCUAUCUGUACUACCUUACCCCAAUCGUAGAUUGUCUCUGGGGUUGGAUUGGGAGAAAGGUGGGUGGGAAGGGGAAAGUUUGGGUCAUGGUGGAUUUUGGUCCAGAGAGAGGCGGUCUCUUGAUGCUGAAAGAUGGGGUGUUGGUGGGGAGAGGUGGGGUUUAGACAAUGAUAGACAGGAAGGAGGUGGUGAAAAACGGGGUCUGGGGGGUUGGCGUGGGUGCGGGAUAGACAGACAAGGUGCAGAUGAUUCUGACUGGGAGUUAGAUGGUAAUAGCCAGGACACUGGUGACAAAGGGGAGGUUUUGGAUACAAAACAGAAAACAUCCCAACAGGGUCUCAGUGAAGAUCAUAGCAGUCCAGCCUCUAGCACUGAAAAAGCGAAGCAUAAAGAAGAUGCUGCAAAUGAAGUCAUUGGUAAGGAACAGAGUCAAAUUCCAGAUGAUGGUCAGGGUUUAGGGGUUGAGAGACGGAGCCGUGGACUUUCUCAAAGAAUAGAGGCACUUUUUACAGCCCCACCUGGGCAUGGUUCAGAGGAGAGACUUGCUCGCAUGAGGGAGGUGGACACUGUCUCACGAAUGAGACGCCUAAGCCUCCGUAGCUCAGACUCAUGGGAUGGACUGCAGGGGUUUGGGAGGUGGGGAGAGUUUGGGAGGGAGGAAGAAUGCCCCCUUCCUGUCCCACAGGAACUUUCAGAGAUCACAAAAGAAGCUGAUAAACAGUGCGGCGCCCUUCCUGCAAUCAACAGUGAACCUAAAGAAACAAAGGAUGACCAGGCAACCCAAAAAGAGUCACAGGAGCCCAGCCAGGUGGAGAGGUCAUAGCUGAACCCUAGAGGUUAUCCAACUAAGGACCAGCCUCCAGCACUGUGUCCUGGCUGUCAGCUAAAUGCCUUCAUCCUCAUAUGCUAUUCAAACAUCCUCAGACAUGACACACAUACAAAAUACAACAAUCAGCCACAACAUUAAAACCACCUGCAUAAUACUGUGUAGGUCCCCCUUGUGCCGCCAAUACAGCGCCAACCCACAUCGCAAUCCUUCCGCAGAACUGCCCCUCACUGGAUGUUUUUUGUUUUUGGCAUCAUUCUGA